CCUUUGGAUUACUUUGCUUGUUUAAUUAGUUAUCCAAUGCCCAAUCUGCCAAUCAUGUGAUUAUAUUCAUCAAAUCCCAAUUAAAAAAAUCCAGUAUGAGAAAUUGGGAUUCAACAAAAAUAAAAUAAAAAAUAAAAACGCCAACAGAAGACGGAGUCUCCAAAAUUUCCCAUUUCAUUGAGCACCUUACCCUAAUCACGCAUCCGAUUCCUCCGGCGGAUCGCCACCGUCGCCGGCAAUAAACCAGCCGUGCCACUCCCUCGCCGGCGAUUAACCAAGACUAAGAAAAAGUAGAGCGAGAACCAGCGAAGACUCUUAGCUUCACUUUCUUCAGCUCGCAGUUUCAAUCACUUGCCCAAUCGAAUCUAACGGAGUCCUGGAAACAGUGGCAACGGCUUUCGCUCCAUCGGUGUUAUGGAGAUAUCAUUGUUAAAAAUGAUUGUAAAUGGCAUAUCCUCAUUUUUGCAUUUAUCUUUUUCUGGAAACAUGAACUCUGCACCUGUCCCAAAGUAUUACCAGAAGGCAGAGGAGAUACUUAAGUUAUUGAAGCCAAUCAUUGAUGCAAUUGUUUAUUCUGAGUUAGCUUCUGAUGAAGUUCUUAAUAAGAUAUUGGAAGAAAUUGAUCUUGCUGUUAAUGAAUUAAAGGAGCAUGUUGAGAACUGGCACCUAUUGUCUAGCAAAGUAUACUUUGUUAUGCAAGUUGAACCCCUGAUAUCAAGAAUUCGCACUUCAGGGCUCAAUAUUUUUCUGCAGCUGAAGGAUUCUCAGCAUUGUCUCCCUGAUGAAUUAAGUUCUGAACAUUUGCAGCACUGUUCACAAAAACUUAAGCUUUUGGGACAUGAAGAAACCUCACCAGUCAUUCAGGAAGCUAUUACAGAACAUCUGGAAAAUGUAGGACCCAGUUCAGAGCUCCUGUCAAAAAUUGCUGAUAGCUUGGGCCUAAGGUCUAAUCAGGAGGUUCUUAUUGAGGCAGUGGCCCUUGAAAGGUUGAAGGAGAAUGCGGAACAAACUGAAAAGACUGCAGAAGCUGAAUUGAUUGAUCAAAUGAUUGCUGUUGUAACACAUAUGCACGAGCGUCUUGUUAUGCUUAAACAAGCCCAGAGUAUCAGCCCAGUUCCAAUACCUGCUGAUUUUUGUUGUCCUCUUUCUUUGGAGUUGAUGACUGAUCCUGUGAUUGUGGCAUCAGGGCAAACAUAUGAACGAGCUUUCAUCAAGAACUGGAUUGAUCUUGGGCUUACUGUUUGUGCAAAGACACGUCAGACUCUGGUUCAUACCAACCUAAUACCUAAUUAUACUGUAAAAGCACUAAUUGCAAACUGGUGUGAAUCGAACAAUGUGCAACUGGUUGAUCCCACAAAAUCCACAAAUUUAAAUCAAGCAUGUGUCCUUCAUGGGUAUAUGGAAUCUGGUACAACCAGGGAAUCACCUGUUUUUGUUCAUUCCAGGAGCAACCAGCCAUCCUCACCUGAGUCAGCAGGUUCUCGUUCUUUUAGUUCACCAGCUAAUAACUUAACUUCUGGUGGAACUCAGCGAGAGGGAACAUCACCUUUGCAUCCCCGUUCAACUUCAGAAGGCUCCUUAAGUGGUAUGGUUAAUGGGCAAUAUAUGGAUCUUGCUAGAAUAUCUCCUGAAGGUUUGGAUGACAGGUCUGCUAGCUCAGAUGAAAGCAGUGUGGAUUCAGCUAGCCAUCCAUCAAUGUCACCAUCUAGAAGGGAAUCUUCCAGUGCCUUUAGCUCUGAACAAUCUCAAACCCAUAUUAGAGCUGUUUCUGAUUCCAGUGCACUUUCAAAUGCUAAUUUUCCUCAAGAAACAGAAGAUGAUAACAACAAUGCUCCUCAGCUGUCAACAAGUGCAGGGCACAGUAGAGAAGCUUCUGGUGAAUUAAAUCCAGGGCCAGAAACUGCUGGUACUACUUCUGUGGCAUCAGUGCAUAGAGAACCUGAGUUCCCACUCCGAUUGGAGACAAGGUCUCGAAGUCAAGCCAUUUGGAGGCGGCCAUCAGAGAGGCAUGUUCCUAGGAUAGUAUCUUCUCCUGUUGUUGAAACAAGAGCUGAUCUUUCUGCUAUUGAAACCCAGGUUCGGAAUUUGGUUGAGGGCUUGAAGAGCUCUGAUGUUGAUACUCAGAGAGAGGCAACAGCAGAACUCCGCCUUCUUGCUAAGCACAAUAUGGAUAAUCGAAUUGCGAUUGCAAACUGUGGAGCCAUUAAUGUAUUAGUUGAUUUACUUCAAUCAACUGAUACAACAAUCCAAGAAAAUGCUGUUACUGCACUUCUAAACUUAUCAAUCAAUGAUAACAACAAAACUGCAAUUGCAAAUGCUGGUGCAAUUGAACCUCUGAUUCAUGUGCUUAAGACUGGGAGCCCAGAAGCCAAGGAGAAUUCAGCUGCCACUCUUUUCAGCUUAUCAGUGAUUGAGGAAAACAAGAUUUUCAUAGGGAGGUCUGGGGCUAUUGGACCACUUGUAGAGUUAUUGGGAAGUGGAACCCCUAGGGGAAAGAAAGAUGCUGCCACUGCUUUGUUUAAUUUGUCAAUAUUUCAUGAAAACAAGAAUUGGAUUGUGCAAGCUGGUGCUGUGAGGCACCUUGUGGAUUUAAUGGACCCAGCAGCUGGAAUGGUUGACAAGGCAGUGGCUGUCUUGGCAAAUCUUGCCACAAUUCCAGAAGGAAGAAAUGCAAUUGGUGAUGAAGGUGGUAUUCCUGUUCUGGUUGAGGUUGUUGAGUUGGGUUCUGCGAGAGGAAAGGAGAAUGCAGCUGCUGCUCUUCUACAUCUUUGCUUGCAUAGUACCAAAUUUUUAGGCAAGGUGCUUCAACAAGGAGCUGUCCCGCCAUUAGUAGCUUUAUCACAGUCAGGCACUCCAAGGGCCAAAGAAAAGGCCCAGGCUCUCCUCAAUCAAUUUAGAAGUCAAAGGCAUGGGAGUGCUGGCAGGGGCUGAUCUUGAAUUCCCAACCUUGAGUGGUAUCCAAAGGUUUUGAAUUGACUCCUAUAGAAUGUCUCCAAUUUAUACGUUACACGGUGCAAAUAAAGUGUGUAAAGGUGUUUCGUAUUGUUUUCACUUGCUUGGGAAGGGAAAAGAAUAUUUGUGGAGGAUUGAUUGUGUCCUCUUUGUGAAAAACCUUUCUGUGUUGUAAAAAAUUACACAUGUAAGUCUAGCUUUUUUGUAUUAACAGAAAAAGGUCUGGUUUUUGUUGUUGUGGUAGGGCAUGAUGGUUGUCCACAUAUAAAACAUUUGGUUUAUUUAGUGACACUGUAACUGCCCCCUUUCAUUGAGAUAGGGAUGUAGGUGUAAACUGUUAUGUUCAUGCGUGGAUGAUUUUAUAACAGGCAAGGCAUGCAUCUUGAAGAAAGCAUGAUUAUUUGUCCAAUUGAUGCUUGAUCCUACAUGUAGAAGGUUCUUGCCUUCCUAUUUUUCAUUUUCCCCCUUGUUAAUCCAAUUAUUUUAUA